UCUUCAGUUUCGGCUCGGUCCAUGCCCUGGUCACUUCUGGUCUCGGUUCUCGGUCACACCUUCAGGACGACUCCGUCGCUACCACCUUGUUCGGUACCGUGAAUCGGGCUAUCCACCCCUCGAGAACACGAAUCUCCGCAAGAUUGAGGAUGGAGCUGACCCAAUUGCCGGACGACGCGCUGGUGAUGGCGAUGCAGUACGUGGACGUGCAGGACCUCCUCGCCCUCCGCCUCGUGUGCAAGAGGCUCGGCGGCCUGGCCCUGCACCGCGACGUUUGGCGACACCGCCGGCUGAACCAGGACGACGCCUGCGUGUGCCCAGUGCUGCGCCUGGCGCCGUGCCUCGACACGCUGGAGGCCGCGUUCCCCUCAAGAGGCUGUUUCUUGGCCUACACCAUGACCAGCUGCGCCUUCGCGGGGAUGGAGCUGCUUCUAGACAACUCCAUGGACGCCAUGCUCGCCGCCAUGGCGCUCUGCAGACAGCAGCCGCUCGGCCGGCUGAGGCGCCUUGAAAUCAGUUUUGCGGAUUCUAAUUUUCGUAAGGGUGAGAGGGCGCUUAUGGGCGCGCUAGCGUCGACAUUUGGACUCGAGGAGCUUAAAAUCAUUAACUACACUGGGUGCUCGGGGAGCACGGCCAAGGUGGUCGCCCACAGCAGCGUGCGUGUGGCGUCGUUGAAGAGGUUUACCUUUGACUUUGAACCAGAGGCAGUGCCCUUCCUCGACUGCAUUUUGAGCGUGCACGCUGCGACCCUCGAGGAGGUUGACUUCUGUGUCUACCGGUCGGUGGACACGAGCUUUAGCGCGGCUUGCACGUCCGUGGCGCCCCUCCUGGCCUGCUGCAUGAGCCUCAGGAAGCUAAGUUCCAUGCUGAUCCCCGGGCUUGGAGCCCUAGGAUCCUGUAAGGCGCUGCGCUUCCUGCACCUCACCAUACAUCCGGACAAAACUCUCGUCGCCGAGGUUGCGCAGUUCCUCCGCAGCGCUGAACAUCUGCGAGAAGUAAAGCUGACGUACCAGCCCGCCCUUCGAAGUGCCACUGACGUCGGCGGGGGCCUCGUCCUGGCGCUGGCGUCGUCGGGACGGUCCCGGCUGGAGGCGCUGUCCGUCCAGAACGACGACUCCUCUAAACAGCACUUCCCCCUGCUGGAGCCAUUGUUCGGCGCGCUACCCUCGCUGCAGCACCUGCAACGCCUCGGAAUGUCCGAAUUGACGUUGGAGGAAAGGGGCCAGGUUUUGGAGCUCAUCAGUCCCGUGACGGCGCCGGCCUUGGGGUUGUUGGAGCUGGCCUCCGACCCCAGUGGGACCUCCUGCGCGCACGCCUGGCUCCACUCUGACGUGGUCCGGGCGACCAUGAAGCGCAAUCCGCUGCUGCACGUCAAGAUCAUGGUGGACUUCAUGACAGCUAUCUACUGUACGACGAAGCACUGCAGCGCCCCGUGCGCUUCUCUGCGCUGCCACGAAGAGCUGGUGGUCUGUCGCCGCAAGCUUAAGGUUGAGGACUAUGAAGACAUCUAUCUGAUCCUAUUCUCUCAUGACCCAAGAGAUGGCUGUUCCCAAGAUCACAGAGCUGCCCGUUGCGAGUGUGUUCACAUUCCUAGAAAUUAGGACGCCAUAAUGCGAAACGAUUCUCUCGUUUCAUCUUGUUCGUUUUGAUCUCUUUCUGCUUUGCACUGCAGUUCGGCAGUUAUUAAUCGAGUUUACCAAUAAAAUAUGAA